GAUAUGCGCGUCACGUCUAUGAUGUGUAUUGUUUUGGGUUAUUUCUACGUCCAAAUUUAUUAAAAUUCAAAAUCGAUGUGUAUUUGUUAUCAAAAUUUAUAUUUUAUAUUAAAACUUCGACAGAAAUGAAAAAAAUUAUAGCUCUACGGCUAGGACUGUUUGAAGUAUUACACGCUGUGCACCACUGAUACACAAGUUACGUGUGACAAUUUAGGAAAAAAUAUUUAAGGGAAGAGAGUAAUGUGUUUUAAAAAUAUGCUGCCAUGCUGGACUCGUGAAGAAUAUAACACAAAUAGGCAAUGACAGCUUUUAAAUAAUGUCUGAUACGUGAUGUGUGACAAAUGUGAUUCUAGGGUUUCUGAUUCUACAAUCUCGUUCUGAUCCGUAAGGUGACAGGGUUAUAGAAAAUAUGGUUACUUAAGCUUCUAUUCCGAGAACACAAUCAAAGUAGCAGUUAUGUCAGAUAAAAUGACAAACAGCUUCCGGAGCUACGUAGGACUUGACGAUCAGGAUCUGCAGAAUACUAGUGGAGAGGAUUCCAUCACCGAGCUAAACCCAAGAAUCUUAGCGGGUGAAGUCGUCAUCGCAGAAGCACAGAAUGUCUUAAUGUUUGCUCCAGUGAGUGAACAGAAACAUGGCAAAUCUGGAACACUUUAUGUCACCAAUUUCAAAUUAUCAUUUGUUACCACAGACGAUCGGGCACAAGAGGACUCCUUAAGUCAGCAAAACUCACUUCUAGCAGAAAAUGAAGUUUGUCUUUCAAAUGUUGAUAUUGUGUAUCAAGUUUUUGGUGACAAGAAAAAGAAAUUGAUUCCCGGCAGUAAUGUGUCCACUAAUAAGGUUAAAGGGAUAUACAUAAUUUGCAAGAAUAUGAGGGUACUUUCUUUUAGCUUCAAAUUCUCACCUGUAGGGCAUGGAAAAAUGCUGACAAAUGCAUUGCUUCAUCAUGCUUUUCCUUCCAGACAUCAUUUGUUGUUUGCUUAUGAUUACAGAGAACCCUACUAUUAUGCAUGUCGCCAUCUGACAAGCAUGUACAGAGAUGUGGAGGACUGGCAAAAUGAGCUGGAAAAUUCAAAGUGUAGUGGCUGGAGAAUCUCUUCUGCUAACAGAAACUUUGAGAUGUCCUUCAGUUUGCCCAUGUGGCUUAUAGUACCUGAGUCACUGCCAGACAAGCAGCUGAUACGUGCAGCAUCACAUUUCCAAGGUCAUCGCCCACCAUUGUGGGUCUGGGGCACUUCAGAAGGCGCUGCUUUGGUGCGCAUGGCUGAGCUGCAUGCAACUACUACUGACAGAACUCAAGAAAAUAUAAUGCUGGAGCAAGUUCGCAAGUCUCAUCCUGGACGACGAGUACCACACGUGCUGGAGCUAUCACGGGAAGUUCCCACUCCAAAGGAGCUACAGACAAGUUAUUGUAAAUUGCGAGAACUUUGUACACCAGAAACCAUUCGUCAGUUGUGGGUACAAGACAGCCACUUCAUGUCGCAACUGGAAUUAACACGGUGGUUGCACAGUGUGUCUCUGUGUUUGUGCAAAGCAUCGGAGGCAGCCACUCAUCUUUUAAAAGGAUUCACAGUGGUUCUUCAGGAAUCGGAGGGACGUGACAUGUGCUGUGUGAUCUCAUCACUGUGCCAGCUUUUAUUGGUUCCACAGUACCGAACACUUGUGGGAUUUCAGGCACUCAUACAGAAGGAAUGGGUGUCCCUGGGACAUCCAUUUAGCUCAAGACUUGGUCAUGUUCUACGCUCUUCUUCUGAAAGGUCUCCUGAACUCCUGCUGUUUCUGGAUUGUGUGUGGCAGCUAUUACAGCAGUUUCCCAUUGAGUUCGAGUUCACUGAAACAUACUUGACUACAUUAUGGGAUUCAGCUCAUAUCUCAAUAUUUGAGACCUUCCUUUUUGACUGUGAGAGGGAUCGUGAUGUUGCUGCUAAGGAUCCACAAAAUCCAUUAAUACUCCGCAGUGUUUGGGACUGGGAUGAGCAGUUCUCAGAAGCACGAGACCAAGAGCUGUUUCACAAUCCGCUGUUCAGGCGGCUUUCUAAGUCGUCUGUUUCUCCACUGUCACCUCGCUGUGGAGUUUCAUCGUUGCAACUCUGGGCACAGUGCUAUUAUCGGUGGCUGCCACCACUGGAGAUAAAGCGAGGUGGUCGUGUGCAAGUUGAAAUAAUUACUCGUGCUCUUGCUGCACAGAUUCAAGCAUUAAAUCAGGGGUCAGAACCAGUGUUGUGCUGCCCACAACCAGGUGUAGUAGGCUCAUUCUUCCCCUUUGGCCAGAGUGGUUUUGGUGUGAAUACAGGCGCAGCAGCUGUUGCACUACUUGGUAGCCAGUUGACUCUCAACACAAGCUUUCUUGGUGGAGAUGGCUUGGAUUCACAGUCUCUUCUCAAUGCACCUGACUGAAGUGGACUGAAUUUGGAAGUAAAGGGUAUGUUGCUAGCAGUAGAAAGAUGUUACUGGAUGAGAAGACUGCAGAAUAAUUAUUCACAGGACAUCUUUCCAAAGA